AUGGUCCGACCAGUGUAUUUCGUUGUCGUAGCCGCGACGGCGCUCCUUUCCGCCGUCGUGUGCCAUGUUGGCGCCGCUGCAGUGGGCGACGUGUUGCCGUAUGGUGGGACCGCCACAACAAAAGCCCUGGGGCAGGCGGCCGCGGUAGCGUGCAAUGCAAACAUUGGCGACAGCUACGCCGUUGUGAAGCGGUUCCAAGGAAACCGACCCCCCGUGAUCCUUCGCAUUGUCGACGACUGUCCGACGUGCGAGGACGAAGGCUUGGACAUGGCGCCGGCAACGCUUCAGACCAUGUCCGGGAGCUCUGUACCGGGUCUGUACGCGAUCAGGUGGGAGUUCGUAAACUGCCCGGCGACGCCUGGCAGGGCGCCGCCCACUUACGAGGCGGGGGUCGUCGAACCAGCUACCGCAUCGACGAACCCCGUGUCGAUCCUACAGGCGAACGAGAAGGACGUGGACAGGACGCGACGUCAAGAGCCCGCGGCCGCCGAUCACAAGCUCCUGAUUGCCGAAGCCGAGUCCUCUGACGACGCAAAGAAAUCGUCCGGCACGAGUCUCGUGAUUGUGAUUCUUGUGGGUCUGGUUGCCGUCGGCGCCUGUGCGCUGGCGGUCGUCUUCUUUACGGUCGCGAACAAGAAACGACGGAGCAAACGCGGUCCGUGCACGACGCGGUCUUUCGACACGUUCAGCUCACCGGCGACUGCGAAAGUCAGCAUCGUCAAGUUCUGA